CCCCGCGCCAACUCCAAAUACCCCAUAUUUGCAUAAUACUCGGUAAUGCGCGAAGUCAUCUCCAUCCAUGUCGGGCAGGCUGGUGUCCAAAUUGGUAACGCCUGCUGGGAGCUCUAUACCCUAGAACAUGGGCUCAGCCCUGAUGGCCGACUCGUCGAGGGUGCCCAGUCGCACAACGACACUGGGUUCUCGACCUUCUUCUCAGAGACGAACUCGGGCAAGUUUGUUCCGCGGUCACUCUACGUAGACCUCGAGCCUGGUGCGAUCGACGACGUCAAGACUGGCGCAUAUAGGCAGCUUUUUCACCCCGAGUUCAUGAUUAGCGGGAAGGAGGACGCCGCGAACAACUAUGCCCGUGGACACUACACGGUCGGUAAGGAGCUCAUUGACCCGGCCAUGGACAAGUUGCGCCGCUUGGCAGACAACUGCACAGGCCUCCAGGGCUUCUUCGUCUUCCAUUCGUUAGGUGGUGGAACCGGCUCUGGCUUCGGCGCGCUCCUGUUGGAGAGGCUGUCUAUGGACUAUGGCAAGAAGUCGAAGCUCGAGUUUUGCGUAUAUCCUGCCCCACAGCUCUCGAGCUCUGUCGUUGAGCCAUACAACACUGUUCUCACCACUCACACAACUCUGGAACACUCGGACUGCUCGUUUAUGGUCGAUAAUGAAGCUAUUUUCGAUAUCUGCAAGCAGCGUCUCGGUGUCUCUCAGCCAAGUUACUCCAACCUCAAUCGCCUUAUUGCGCAGGUUGUCUCCUCCGUUACCGCUUCCCUCCGCUUCGACGGCUCCUUAAACGUCGAUCUAAACGAGUUCCAGACUAACUUGGUUCCUUUCCCCCGUAUCCACUUCCCCCUCGCCACAUUCUCUCCUCUCCUCUCCUCCGAGAAAGUUUCGCAUGAGCAGAAUUCUGUCGCUGAGAUGACGCUUUCGUGCUUUGAGCCUGGCACGCAGAUGGUCAAGUGCGAUCCUCGCGAAGGCAAGUACAUGGCAUGCUGCUUGCUCUACCGCGGCGACGUCGCGCCCAAGGAGGUGCAGGCUGCCAUCGCUUCCAUUAAGACCAGGAAAACCAUCCAGUUCGUCGACUGGUGCCCCACAGGCUUCAAGCUUGGCAUCUGUAAUGAGGCUUCCGCCAACGUUCCUGGAGGUGACCUUGCCAGAACUUCCCGCAGCUUGUGCAUGCUGUCCAACACCACCGCCAUUGCCAGUGCUUGGAGCCGACUUGACUUCAAGUUCGACCUCAUGUAUUCCAAGCGUGCUUUCGUUCACUGGUACGUUGGCGAGGGCAUGGAGGAGGGCGAGUUCUCCGAGGCUCGCGAAGACCUUGCGGCCCUUGAGAAGGACUACGAGGAGGUUGGCGUGGACUCGGUCGACGCUGAAGAGGAGGGCGAGUACUAAACGCACCAGCUGUUUCUCACUCUCAAAAACGCACGUUUUCAUCUGCUCUUUAUCGUCUACCUUACAUCGCACGUCUAUCUUCUUAAAGUACUAGCAGCCCCGGGCACUGCUUGGUUUACUGUAGCAUCAGUCUUAUUGCUGACUUGUAUCCAUCCAGAGCGCAUAGUCCAUCCCUAGUACUUAAUAAACCAUCUCUGUUCUGC